AUGAAUGUUUUGAAUGACCUUUUCACAGGUGGAAAGCCUGAAUUUCCAGAACAGCAGCAGUACCUGGAACUAUGAAAUACUUCCUUAGAUAAUUUUCGGAAAAAUAUAAAAUACAUCGGGUCAUUUCUUUCUGAUAUUACAAUAAAUUUCGAUCAAUACGGAAAAUCACUCUCGAGAAGUGGAAAAAACCUAAUCAGCUACUUAUUAAAAAUAGAAACCAAAAGCAAUACAAAUAUAGCAGAAAGCAUGAAAAAAUUCGGAAAUUUCAGUGAAAUGCUGGGAGAUGUCUAUAGCAAAAAUUUGGUAUAGAUAUUUUUUCUGCACUUUUUAGCAAAUCCAUAUGACAAUUUAAAGUUGUUUUUAAUUUUUUGACUAAAAAAUAAGCCAAAUUUUUAAAAAUUGAGAAAAAAUGGACCGCAAAAGUUCAUCGUCUUUAAAUAGUAUGAUUAAUCAGAGAAUACAAAAACUCACCGAAGACACAAGCCAAACGAGGAAAAAGAUGGUUGAAGAGACCCAGCAGGCUAUGCAAGACUUGAGUAAGUCAAAGGCGAAUUAUACAAAAAUUAAGGCAAAAUACGAUAAAGCUGUAAAAGAUAGUGAAAAUCUCCAUGCUGCCUUUACGAAAGCAAAAAAUGAUGCGAGCAGCAAUUUCCAGGUGGGGGUUGAACAGAGGUUUAAAGAAAAAUCAAAUGCAAGCAAAAAAGAAUGUGCGAGCUUGCAAGAGGAGCUGAAAGAGCAGAUUGAUCUUAUUAACCACAAGCAUGAAAUUUUAGAGACAGUGCUAAAAUUAGCGAAUUAUCAAAAUAUAGAAUUAGAAAAAGAAAGCAUGAUUACCUUGCAUGACCUAGCACAUUCUGUUAUUUGUAUGGUAAGGAAUGUUUUGGCUUUAAGAAAAGAACAGUCAGAAAUAAAGCAUAACGAAAUUGCUGAAUUAGCAAAUAUUACGCUUGAUAUGAUUGAUAAUAAUAAAGAUAAUAAACAAAGAAACUCAAUUGAAUACCUUAUGCAAAAAUUAGAGCAAAGGCUAAAUGCAAAUGAAGACAGGUCAAAAGCUUUAAGGGGCUUUAAAACUUAUUUAUCAGAAAUUAUGAACGCUGACGAAUCGCUUGGAAAAGGCCUUGAAAAAAUUGGGGUUGCUCUUAUGCUGCCUGAUUAUUACACCAGUAAAAAAGAAUGUAAAGCAGAAUGGCUUAUUUUUAACAAUAUAUUUAUUGAGAUAUCUAAAAUCCACAUUAAAUUUUCUAAAGAAAUUGCUAAAAAAGGAAGCGAGCCUUUACAAGCUCUCAUAGAUUUGAAAACAAAUAUCGCUAAAAAGUUGCAAACCAGCGUCCAGAAAUCUAUAAGGGAUCAUGCCAUAAUCCAAGAAGAAGGCUUAAAAGAUUUUGAGAAAAUAAAAAAAAAUGAGGAAAAAAAAGCCUUAGAAAUCAGAGAUAGAAUCCAAAAUUCCUUUCAAAAUGCUGAGCAUCAGGUAUAUAGCAGUAUGGCAGAAAACACAAAUUUAGAAGCCUCCCAUCUGCAAAAUCUUAAAGGAGUUUUAGCAACUUUGCAUAUGCUUGAAGAAGAAUAUAACCAUUUAAUUGACUCUUUAAUAGAAAAAGGCAAACAAGAAAUAGAAAAUAUUAAUGUAGAAGACGACUUUAAAGACCAAGUUUUAUAUGAAAAAAAGAGCUCUCUUGAUCUUUCCUUAGAAAUUUCAAACCAAAGGCAAUCACUAGAAUUCGAAGAAAAUAAAAAUUAUCAAAACCCAAGUGAAGAAAACUCAAUUUUGCAAAAAUUCAAUCUUGAAGCAGGCUCAACACUUGUGGAGAGCUUUGCUUGUGCCUUAUCUAACUCCCCCAUCUUUUUCAUACGAUUCUAUUCAAAAUUUGAAAUAUUAGCCUAUUUUAUUUAAGCAAUUUAUAUAAUAAACAAUAAAAUAAAAAUUUUUCUUAAAUGCUCAUUUUGAUCGUUCUACCAAGGUGGAGUAAAAAAAUUCUUCUCCAUGGGCGAAUGUAUCUUACAACCACUCAUAUUUGCUUUCACUCAUAUUUUAACUCCCAAACUAUUUUUGGGAGAGAAACUCUAUUAGCUAUUCCAUUUGCAGAAAUAAAAAAAGUCGAAAAAAAGAUCCAUGGGCUGAUUUUUGAUAAUGCUUUACGUAUUACUACUGAUAACUCUGAAUUUAUUUUCGCUUCAUUUUUAUAUAGAGAGCAAGCAAAAGCAACAGUCGAAAAUUUGAUCAGACUAAACAAACCUUCUCAGAAUGCAGCACAAAAAACUGCUUGUGAAUUUAAAAUAGAAACAAGAGAAAAACGAUUGCAGUUGGCAAAGCUCAUGAAAACGCUAAAAGUUAAGACAGAGCCUGUCAGUAAUAGGAAGCCAGAAUCAUUUUUUAAAGUGACUUUGCUGAAAGACCCUUUAAGUUUUGAUGUGCCAGCACAAAAAAUUUUUGAGCUUUUAUUUGCUGAUUCUGCUAAAGAUUUUUUAGAAAAAUUUAUGGAGCUGAAAAAUGAAACUGAUAUGAAAUUAACACAAUGGGAGCCAUCUGCGCCUGAUUUUUAUCUUAAUCAGCCUGGAGAGUCAUGAAAUGAAAGCUCAGUUAGAAGUUUAGACUAUAUAAGACCUAUGAAAGAAAGAUUCCCUAUGAUGCCGAAAACUCAUGGAGUCCAUGAGCAGCAAACAAUUUAUUUUAUAUCAAAAAACGAAUUUAUUUUUGAAAUUUUAAUAAAAACAAGCGGGGUUCCUUUUUCUGACUGUUUUCAGGCUCAUUUAAGAUGGCACGUCAAAGAAGUGGAUGGAAAAACUAGCCUUGUGGGGAGAUAUUGGAUGGAAUUCUUAAAAAGCACUAUGUUCAGUGGAAAAAUUGAGAGGACAAGUGUAGCGGAGACCAUAAAUGUGAUUAAUGAAAUAUGGGUCCCAUUAGUGAAAAAUAAGGUGAAUGGAUUUUUAGGCGAAAAAGUUGAAGAAAUUGUGCCGAAAGUGAAAGAGCCUGUAAAAGAGGAAAAUACCGAUUUUAAUUGGAUGGGAUGGGCAUUUAUUGGGAUUUUGGUAAUUAUUCUUAUCAUUUUUUGGAAUCGGAUUUCUCGACUAGAAAACGAUGUGAACCGGCUUUCAGUUCUCAUUUCCAAAAUGGAUCAUUAUAAAAUACCAAAUUAA